GAGUGGGUGUCAUGGCGGCCGGCGGGGAGUUGGCAGGAGUUGCCCACAGAACUGGGGGAAGUCACUAAAGCAGAGGAAGAAGUGGCCCAACUGGACGGUGGGAAGUCGUGGGAAUGAGCAGAGACCCCGCGGGGGUGACUGUGUCACAGGAGGCAGGCCCCUGGUAAAGUCCCAGGCCAGGCCUCUGUGUUUCUGUGCAGAACGGGACGUUGGUGGGAGCCCCCCGAAGCCGGCGUUGCCUAGGAACCCCUCACUGUGUGCUCGAAUCCUGAGCGUUUAGAUUUUGGAGCGAAGGCAGCGGUUCGAGGACAUUUGGUGGGAUCGUCCGACGGUGCUGGACGCUUUUUUCGGAGCGGACCAGGUCGUUCUCUAACCCACAGCGAUGUCGUCCUGGCUUGGGGGCUUCGGCUCCGGCUUGGGCCAGUCUCUGGGUCAAGUCGGGGGCAGCCUGGCCUCCCUCACUGGCCAAAUUUCAAACUUUACGAAGGAUAUGCUGAUGGAGGGCACGGAGGAAGUGGAAGCAGAAUUACCUAAUUCUAGGACAAAGGAAAUUGAAGCCACUCAUGCAUUCUUAAGAUUGGAGAAUGAAAGACUUAAGAAACUUUGCUCUGAUCUGGAAGAGAAGCAUGAAGCUUCAGAACUUCAAAUAAAGCAUCAAUCUACAAGUUAUCGAAACCAACUACAACAGAAAGAGGUAGAAAUCAGCCAUCUUAAAGCAAGACAUAUGGCGCUACAAGAUCAGUUGCUGAGGCUACAGUCAGCUCAGGGAGUAAAUUCAGAAGCUGGCAGUAUACCAACAACCACAGCAUCAUCUUCAUUCAGCUAUGGUGUCAGUCAUCAAGCUUCAGCUUUCCAUGACGAUGACAUGGAUUUUAGUGAUGUAAUUUCAUCACAACAGGAAAUAAACAGAUUGUCAAAUGAAAUUUUAAGACUUGAAUCUGAAGUUGGACAUUGGAGGCGUAUUGCUCAGAUUUCUAAAACCCAAGGAUCAAACAGCUCUGAUCAAAAUGAAAUCUGUAAACUGCAAAAUAUCAUUAAGGAACUUAAACAGGACCGAAUUCAGGAAAUUGAUAAUCAUCAACAUGAAAUGUCAGUAUUACAGAAUGCACAUCAACAGAAAUUGGCAGAAAUAACUCGUCGGCAUCGAGGAGAAUUAAAUGAAUAUGAACAACAAAUUGAAAAACUGGAAAAUCUGUUACAACAAGGUGGCUCAGGAAUUUUGGUAACUGAUCACUCUAAAAUACACGAGAUGCAAACAACUGUUCAAGUUCUACAAACUGAAAAAGUAGAGUCUGCAAAAAAAAUGCAAGAACUUGAGGAUAAAAUAAAAGAUAUAAGUGAAAAAUUAUCUUCUUCAGAAAAUGAGAGAGAAGUUUUGAGGAAGGAACAAGAACAACUACAUGUGGAAAACAGGGAAAUAAUUAAAGAAUGUGAAAGCUUGAAACUGGAAUGUAGUAAAUUACAGACUUACGCUACGAAGCACAGUGAUACUGUGAAGGAAGAGGAAGGAAUUCUUCCACAGAGUCCGUCACUGGAAGAAGUGUCCAGACUACAGCAAGCAUUGUCUGAUGCUAAAAGUGAAAUAACCAGGCUGAGCCAUUUAAAUCAGGAUAGUCUCGCUGAAGACAAUCUGAAACUUGAAAUGCGUGUCCAAGUUUUAGAAAAAGAGAAUUCAUUAUUGAGUCAAGAAAAGGAACAACUUCAAGUAUCAUUUUUAAAAUUAAACAAUGAAUAUGAAGAAAUUAAAAAUACAACUAUAAGAGACAUGGAUUUGGAUUCAGAAUUAAAUGAUUUAAGACUUAAUUUGGAAGCAAAGGAACAAGAACUCAGUCAGAGUAUUACUGAAAAGGAAAUACUGAUAGCUGAGUUAGAAGAAUUGGAUAAGCAGAACCAAGAAGCUACAGAGCACAUGAUUUUGAUAAAAGAUCAGCUAUCAAAACAGCAAAAUGAGGGAGAUAGCAUCAUCAAUAAAUUGAAUAAAGAUCUAAAUGAUGAAAAAAAAAGAGUUCAUCAACUCGAAGAUGAUAAAAUGAACAUUGCUAAAGAGUUAGAUGUGCAGAAAGAAAAGUUAAUUCAACGUGAACUGGUCCUAAAUGACUUGCAGUUAACCAAGCAGGAACUAGAGGAUAAAAUAGAAGAUUUAGUAGAUCAACUAAAUAAAUCACAAAACAAUAAUUUAAAUAUCCAAAAGGAGAACAUUGAACUUAAGGAACAUAUUAAACAAAAGGAGGAGGAACUUUCUAGAGUCAGGUGUGAGUUAACUCAGCCUCUUAAUCAAGACUCAAACAGUAUUUUUAAGGAUGACUUACUUAAAGAAAAGGAAGCUGACAUCCGAAACUUAAAGCACAAUCUUUCAGAAGUACAACAGCUCAAUGAAAAUUUAAAGAAAGUUGCAUUUGAUCUCAAAAUGGAAAAUGAAAAGUUGGUUUUAGCAUGUGAAGAUUUAAGACAUCAAUUGGAAGAAUCUAUCGCUGGUAACAGUCAGAUAACUCUAGAGAAAAACACUAUUUUGGAGACUCUAAAAAUGGAAAGGGGGCAGUUAGAAGCAGAAUUGUGUCGGGCUGAAAAGAGGCUGUUGGAAGAAGCAAACAAGUAUGAACAAACCAUUGAAGAACUGUCAAAUGCGCAGAACCUGAGUGCCUCUGCUUCACAGCUGGAGCAUAAGCGUUUAAUCAAGCUCAGUCAAGAGAAGGACGUUGAAAUAGCAGAACUCAAAAAGAAUAUUGAGCAGAUAGAUACUGAUCACAAAGAGACUAAGAACAUUUUGUCAUCUAGUUUAGAAGAGCGGAAGCAAUUGACACAACUUAUAAACGAGAAAGAAAUUUUUAUUGAAAAACUUAAAGAGAGAAGUUCAGAGCUCCAGGAGGAGUUAGAGAAAUAUAUUGAGGCCUUAAGAAAAAAUGAAAAUUUGAAGCAAACCAUAGAGGAAAAAGACAAACUUCUUGGAUCCAUGAAAGAAGAAAACAAUCACCUCAAAGAAGAACUGGAACGACUCAGGGAGCAGCAGAGUCGAGCUGCACCUGUUGCUGACCCUAGAACCCUUGACUGUAUUACAGAAUUAGAAUCUGAGGUAUCUCAGCUGAAUAGGAUCAAGGAUAAUCUUGAAGAGGAAAUAAAACAUCACCGAAAGGUAAUUGAAGAUCAAAACCAGAGUAAAAUGCAACUACUUCAGUCUUUACAGGAGCAAAAGAAGGAAAUGGAUGAGUUUAAAUACCAACACGAGCAAAUGAGCGUUACGCACACCCAGCUCUUUUUGGAGAAAGAUGAGGAAAUUAAAACUUUGCAAAAAACAAUUGAAGAAAUCAAAUCCCAGUUGCAUGAAGAAAGGCAGGGCAUUCAAACAGAGAAUUCUGAUAUUUUUCAAGAAACAAAAGUUCAGAGCCUUAACAUAGAAAACGGAAGUGAAAAGCAUGAUUUAUCUAAAGCUGAAACAGAAAGAUUAGUAAAAGGAAUAAAAGAACGAGAAUUAGAGAUUAAACUUCUAAAUGAAAAAAAUAUAUCUUUAACCAAACAAAUUGAUCAGCUAUCCAAAGAUGAGGUUGGAAAACUAACUCAGAUUAUCCAGCAGAAAGAUUUGGAGAUACAGGCUCUUCACGCUCGAAUUUCUUCAGCUUCCUACACCCAGGAUAUUGUUUACCUUCAACAGCAGCUGCAGGCCUUCGCUAUAGAAAGAGAACAAGUAUUAGCUGUUUUUAGUGAGAAGACUAGGGAAAAUAGCCAUCUAAAAACAGAAUAUCACAAAAUGAUGGAUAUAGUUGCUGCCAAAGAAGCAGCCCUCAACAAGCUGCAAGAUGAAAAUAAGAAAUUGUCCACUAAAUGUGAAGGUACUGGCCAAGAUAUGUUUCGAGAAACUAUUCAGAAUUUAUCACGUAUCAUUCGAGAAAAAGACAUUGAAAUAGAUGCAUUAAGCCAGAAAUGUCAGACCUUGUUGACAGUUUUACAAACGUCCAGCACUAGUGAUGCAGUUGGAGGUGUGAAUAGUAAUCAGUUUGAGGAGCUUCUACAGGAACGCGAUAAGUUAAAACAACAGGUUAAGAAAAUGGAAGAGUGGAAACAGCAGGUGAUGACCACAGUACAAAACAUGCAACAUGAAUCAGCCCAGCUUCAGGAAGAGCUUCAUCAGCUUCAGGCACAGGUUUUGGUUGACAGUGAUAAUAAUUCUAAGUUACAAGUGGACUAUACUGGCCUGAUCCAAAGUUACGAGCAGAAUGAAACCAAACUCAAAAAUUUUGGGCAGGAAUUAGCACAGGUUCAGCACAGCAUAGGGCAGCUUUGCAACACAAAAGAUCUUCUUUUAGGAAAACUUGAUAUUAUUUCACCUCAGUUCUCUUCUGGAUCAAUGCCUGCUUCCCAGUCUGCAGAGUCUCUUAGAACCGUUAAAUCUGAAUCAUUAAGUGAGUCUUCUCAGCAAGAGAUAGACGAGCUAAGAAAGUUGCUGCAGGAGAAAGAUAAAACCAUCAGAACUCUCCAGGAAAAUAAUCACAGAUUGUCUAAUUCAAUUGCUGCCACCUCUGAGCUAGAAAAAAAAGAACACGAACAAUCAGAUUCAGAAAUUGGGCAUCUGAAAGAAAAACAAGAUAAUUUACAAAAGUCACUUAAGGAAAAAGACCUAUUAAUUAAAGCCCAAAGCGACCAAUUAGUGUCUUUAAAUGAAAAUUUCAAAAACAAGGUGAAUGAAAACGACCUACUCAGACAGGCGGUAACGAACCUGAAGGAGAGAGUAUUACACUUAGAAAUGGACAUUUGUAAACUAAAAGAGGAAAAUGAAAAAAUCAUAGAAACCACCAGGGAAAAGGAGACGGAACAGCAAGCAUUACAAGAAACUAAUAUCAAGUUUUCUAUGAUGCUGCAAGAAAAGGAGUUUGAGUGCCAUUCAAUGAAGGAGAAGGCGCUUGCGUUUGAGCAACUACUGAAAGAAAAAGAGGGCCAGACUGGGGAGUUAAAUCAGCUUUUAAAUGCAGUUAAGUCAAUGCAGGAGAAGACAGUUACGUUUCAACAGGAGAGAGAUCAAGUCAUGUUGGCCCUGAAACAGAAACAAAUGGAAAACACAGCUAUACAGAAUGAGGUUCAACAUUUACGUGACAAAGAGUUACGCUUAAACCAGGAGCUGGAGAGAUUGCGAAACCAUCUUUUAGAAACAGAAGAUUCUUACACCCGGGAAGCUUUGGCUGCAGAAGAUAGAGAGGCUAAACUAAGAAAGAAAGUCACAGCACUGGAGGAAAAGCUAGUUUCAUCCUCAAAUGCAAGCCAUCAAGCCAGUUUGCAGGUAGAGUCAUUGCAGGAACAACUGAAUAUAAUCUCCAAGCAAAGGGACGAAACUGCCCUGCAGCUGUCUGCGUGUCGGGAACAAGUAAAGCAGUAUGCGCUAUCACUGUCCAACCUGCAGAUGGUGCUAGAGCAUUUCCAGCAAGAGGAAAAAGCUAUGUAUUCUGCUGAACUAGAAAAGCACAAACAACUUGGAACUGAAUGGAAGAAAAAGGCAGAAAAUCUAGAAGGAAAACUGAUGUCCUUACAGGAGCGUUUGGAUGAAGCAAAUGCUGCGUUGGAUUCAGCAUCGAGACUCACAGAGCAGUUAGAUUUAAAAGAAGAACAAAUUGAACAACUUAAAAAACAAAAUGAGCUCCGACAAGAAAUGCUGGAUGAUGUACAAAAGAAAUUGAUGAAUGUAGUGAACAGUGCAGAAGGAAAAGUAGACAAAAUCCUAAUGAGAAACCUCUUCAUUGGACAUUUCCACACACCAAAAAAUCAGCGACAUGAAGUGUUACGAUUAAUGGGAAGCAUCCUGGGUAUCAAAAGGGAGGAAAUGGAGCAGUUGUUGAAUGAAGAUCAAGGUGGAGUUACCAGAUGGAUGACUGGGUGGCUUGGAGGAGGAUCAAAAAGUGUCCCCAACACACCUCUGAGACCAAGUCAGCAAUCUGUAUUUAAUAGUUCUUUUUCAGAACUUUUUGUUAAAUUUCUAGAAACAGAAUCUCACCCAUCUAUUCCGCCGCCAAAGCUUUCAGUUCAUGAUAUGAGACCUCUGGAUUCACCAAGGAGGAAGCUAGAUACAAAUGUACUGGAAAGUUUUCAAGAUACAACAGAGUCCAGGUCUGGCAGAAGAACGGAUGUGAAUCCAUUCUUGGCUCCCCGCUCCGCGGCUGUGCCUCUGAUUAACCUAGGUGGACGUGGACCUGGCGGGCCUGGGCACCUUCUUCUGAAACCUGUUUCAGAUGUGUUGCCCACAUUUACUCCUUUGCCAGUGUCGCCUGACAACAGUGCGGGGGUUGUGUUAAAGGACCUUUUGAAGCAAUAGGUGACUCUCAAGCCAGAGACGACACACAGAGCACUUUAGAGGAACCACGAACACUAAGUGUGUGUAUUUUAUCACGAAGUGGCCUUUUGGAAAAAGUCAUGUAUUUGUAUGCAGUUACACUUUCUCUCAAUUUAAUAAAAAUAUUCUUAAUGCUUUUAGAAAUCACAGGUGUCACAGGAGUAAGUGUUUGCUAUAUUACUGCUAUUUUCCCUUCUCUGAUUUGAUCUAAUUUAGGCUAGAAACAUUUGAUUUUUUUAUCUUAACUUAUAAAAAUAAGU